AUGAGCGCGUUUAACGCUGGAUGGAGCGCCUGGGGCGGUGGCGGCUCGAGCGCGGCGAGGAAACGGCCAGACGGCAGCGGAGCGGGACCAGGCCGUCAGUCACGGCCGUCAACUAGUCGCGCGACAAUGUUCUUAAUCCGGUUCUUAAUCGUCGUGAUCCUAGCGCAAGCGCUGUACAUUGUGAAGCUUAAGGUGUCGCAGCAGCGGCGGCUUAUGCUGGAAGAGGAACGAGACAAUAACGGGGACAACGGGAACAAGAACACCCGCAAUGAUGAAGCGGGAAGUAGUGACACAAUUUCGGGGAUCGAGACGGGUUUAAGAACGCCGACAAUAACAGAACUCUCUGGUACAGGAAGUCAAACAGCAACGAUAAGCACCCAACCCGAUAUUAUUACAGUGACUCACGAAGACGCCGAUACCGGAUCUGUUUCUACCGGGGAUGGGAAGCAGCCCUCGGAGUUGCCGCGAGGUGACAAUGCGGGAGUGACUGUAGCGGGGGGAGGGGAAAGGGAGGGGAGCGAGGAGCAGGGAGCAGACGAGUUGGGACAGGAGAGUGAGAUGGAGAGUAAAGACGAGGAGGAGGUUGGGUCCCGCCGGGAAGCGAGUGAACGCGCGGCGGAAGCGGAAGCGGAAGCGGGGGGGCGACGGGGAGCGCAAGCGGAACCGGGGGAGGAGGAAACGGGCGCGCGGGAUGGGUCCGGGGAGGCGGAUGGUACCAGCAGGGGACAGGGGGAGGGGGAGGGGCAAGGGCAAGUGAAUGGCGCAUUGGCGCAACUGCGCGGGGGAGCCUUUAAGAGAGAGGCGGAGGGUGCGGAGAGGGGCGGAGUGGAGGGAGCGAGUGGAGCGGGAGCAGGAGGAGAGGGAGAGGGAGGGGGAGAGAGUGAGGGGGAGAGUGAGGGAGAGGGCAAGAGAGAGGGAGAGGGAGGAGGAGAGGGAGGGUGGGAGCCGUUGAGGGGGCCAGCAGAGGGCAUGUCGUGCCGCGCGUGGUUGGAGGAGCAAGAUGAAUUGACCGUUGGGCGGGAUUUCGAGAGGCGGCCAGUGCGAGUGGCCUCCAGCGAGGUGCGCGUCUUCCCUUCAAGUAUGUUGUUUCACAAGGUAAGCGCGCCAGCAGAGGGCAUGUCGUGCCGGGCAUGGUUGGAGGAGCGUGGUUGGAGGAACAAGAUGACGGGGCUGUUGGGAGGGAUUUUGAGAGGCGACCAGUGCGAGUGGCUUCCAGCGAGUGCUGGGCUCUUUUCAUCCCCCCACCCAUCACAAUCCGCGCCCCCCCGCUCCACUUUCCCCCCCUGUGAGCAGGUGAAGCGGUGGGACUGCGACGUGCCGUGUGAGUUCGUGAGUGCGGGAGACGACGUGGACGCGAGUCUGACGUACGCAGGGCCAGGCAAGAUGGUCAAGAGGUGGGAGUGCGACGUGCCAUGCGAGUUUGUGAGUGCGGGAGACGACGUGGACGCGAGUCUGACUGGCGGGCAAGAUGGUGCUGCGCUCUCCCCUUCCUCUCCAUCCCUCAGGCACCCCAACCAUCACCCUUCCCUCCCACCCUUCUCCCCUCCGCCCUUCCCCCCUCCGCAACAGGUGAAGCGGUGGGAGUGCGACGUGCCGUGCGAGUUCGUGAGUGCGGGGGACGACGUGGACGCGAGUCUCAGAUACGCAGUGGCGGGCAAGAUGGUGCUGCGCUCUCCCCUUCCUCCCCUCAUCCCUCAGGCACCCCCACCAUCACCCUUCCCUCGUAUCGCUCCCCUUCCUCCUGUACAGGUCAAGAGGUGGGACUGCGAUGUGCCGUGCGAGUUCGUGAGUGCGGGAGACGACGUGGACGCGAGUCUGACAUAUGCAGUGCCUGGCAAGAUGGUGCUGCGAUCAAUGGAGGCGCGCUCUUACUACCCCGCCAAUGACCCUGCUGUGUCCCGAGGGGCUUACAGUGUGGUGAUGACAGUGCAUUACGACUCGGACGUGCCAGUGCAGUACGGGUCGUGGGAGGAGUAUGAUAUCAUGCGGCCACCAGUCCCCAAGACAGCUGAUGCCAUUGCUGCUGCGUUCAUCAGCAACUGUGCCGCCAACAACUUCCGACUCAAGGCAGUGGAGGAGCUGCAGAAGUUUUUCCCUGUGCACUCGUAUGGUCGCUGCCUCAACAACCGGCCCUACGAGCAUGAUAAGUUGGCGGUGAUUCAGCGUUACAAGUUCACCCUCGCCUUUGAGAACUCCUGUGAACCGGACUACAUCACUGAGAAGUUCUGGCAGUCCCUCGUGGCCGGAUCCGUGCCUGUAAUUGUGGGUCCGCCCAACAUUGCUGAUUUCGUACCGGACAACAGCUCGUACCUCUACAUUCAGAGUGAAGAAGACAUUUCCAGGGUGGCGCGGCAGAUGCAGGCCAUAGCAGCAGACGAUGAAGCAUACAACAACAUGCUCGAGUGGAAGCGAUCUGGGCCGUCGGAUCAGUUCAUCGCCAACGUGGAUCUGUCGGCUGUGCACUCCUCCUGCCGCCUCUGUGUGCUGCUGGCCGAUCGCAUCCGCACUCAAGAGAUCGCUGCCUCCCGCAAGCCACGGCCCUGCAGGUGUGAGAGUGUAGACUCAGGCAAGAAGCAGCUGACAUACCAUCUCUACGUGCGUGAAAGAGGCACAUACCGCUACACCUCCGUCUUCCUUACAAGCACCUCGCUCACCCUACCGGGCCUCCGCCGAGCCAUUCGCCGAACCUUCAAAAAGAAGGGCUACAAGCCUGUUUGGGUCGGCAAGAGACCAGCCGUUUUGGCGUCGGAAAAGAGGAUCAAGGCGUUGCGGAUGCGUCGCUCCGUGCAGCAGCAGCCGCAGCGGUCGCGCGGGUCGGCGUUUGGCUCACUGGCGUGCGUGAAGGCGGUCGGACUGCCUUCCCUGCUCCUAUUCGCAGUCGUGGUGGUCUUUAAUCGCCAUUUCCAGCUCAUCGCGUCGCCUUUCUCGAAGCGUACUGCUUCCAGCCACUUAUUCUCCGCAUCUCGACGAAGGAGGUUCAGCAGCAAGAGCAGGCUCAAACGGGCAGUUGAACGGGCAGCGGGAAGGGGGUUCAGGGAGCCAGAGUGGGAUUCAGAGGGAUAUGUGUCGGCCAGUACACUCGGGCAGCUGGCACAAGAAGCUUCGAUCAACGGCACUGUAGUGAUUCUCGUGUGCAGCUAUGGCUACGCGGAUUUUCUGCUCAACUGGGCGGUGUAUGCGGGCGAGCUGGGGUACGGGCGGAAUUUCCUUGUGUUCGUUGAAGACAGGGAGACCUUUGACCUGCUGAGAAGGAGAUUCCCGAGACAGGUGCGGUGCGACACACUGGAGGUUCUUAGGACAGGUGGUGAGAUGGCACGUGCCGGAGAUAGAGCAGGCGGGGGAGGAGGAGCUCAAGGCAGCAGGGCUGGUGGAGGAGACUAA